GUUAAUGUACAAAGUACACCAUCUAUCGGUAGCAUGUUGAAUAAAAUGAAAUCAUCAACAGAAAAAACCUUUAUUUCGUUUGACAUAUAAUUUCAGUUGUCUUUAAGUGUAUGUAACUAUACAAGAUCGACCUUGUAACAAAAACGUGUUUAAAGUAAAAAUAAUAAAAAGUAUAAAUAUGGAUAACAAAUGUGGCACCAUAAAAACUAACGAGGAAAUCAUAGAAGAACUUACGAGAGAUCUGGAAAGUUCCAUAAAUGUGGAUGACGAUGAAAAUUCAAUAACCAAAGAAACUCGAUAUCAAUCGAGUGAAAGAAAUAAAAGUAGUUUAUCGGAGGAAUCUAAUAAAGAUUUAAAUAAUCACGGUGAUUCUAAUGGUAACGAGAAGGAUGACAAUGCAGAUAGUAAGAAGACUAAUGCUGACAAUAUAGAUGAAGAAUUUCUUAAAAAAAGAGAAGAAAAUCUCAGCGAGACUGAGAAAGUAACUCUUAAAGAUGAAGCAGAGAAAAUUAAGAAUGAAGGCAACACUUCUUUCAAAGACGGAGACUAUAUAAAAGCUAUAUCCCUCUAUACGCAAGGUUUACAAACAUGUCCUUUAACAUAUAGUAAAGAACGUGCUAUUUUGUAUUCUAAUAGGGCAGCAGCUAAAAUAAAAUCUUUGGACGAAAAGGAAUCAGCUAUUUCUGAUUGUACAAAAGCGAUUGAAUUAAAUCCAAGCUACGUAAAAGCUUACAUUAGGAGAGCACAAUUGUACGAAGAGGUAGAUAAAUUAGAUGAAGCUUUAGAAGAUUACAAAAAAAUCUUAACAUUUGAUUCUAGUCACAGUGAAGCUAAUUAUGCAGUUAGAAGGUUGCCGCCUUUAAUAAAUGAAAGAAAUGAAAAAUUAAAGACGGAAAUGUUGGGUAAAUUAAAAGACCUUGGUAAUAUGGUAUUAAAACCAUUUGGUCUUUCGACGAAUAAUUUUGAAUUACAGAAAGAUCCAAAUAGCGGUGGGUAUUCUGUUAAAUUUCAUCAAACUCCUAGAUAACAAGCAUAACUUUAAUUUGUUUAACAAUAAACACAAAUAUAUGAUCUGGAGACAGUCAAUGGAUAAAACCGGACAUAUUUAUAAUAAUCUACACGAAUAUCGUUAAAUACUUCGUUCCUUAUUAUAAAAAGAUGUAUACAUUGUAAACAUAAAUGGCUAAAAUAAAUAUUAAAUUGUAAUAGAUUAAGAAAAAGAUAAUCUUGCAAUCUUAAAAAAGAUAAUUAAAAAUAAAAAAUAUUGUGUCCUAGU